UCUCUCUCGGCGAGCGGACCCGACCCGCUUUCAAGUGGAACAAGCUCUGCCACCCCUGGCACUCUCCGCGCCUUUGAACCCAGAACCCACCACCGUCUCACGAGAAAUGCGCAACAAGCUCCUGAAGGUCCGGCCACAUUCCGAUCAAAAGCCGGCCUUCUCAAUCCACCGGGACGACCAACACAAUUCCCCCGUGGCCGUCGUUCCACCUGCGGCAGCACCGACAACCCCAACUAAGUCAACGCCGAGCAAGGCGUCGUCCAGGUCCUUGCAUGAGCGCCCUUCGCCCCGGUCCACCCUCACACCCGCGUCCGAAGGCACAAUAAACUCCGCUAUGUCCCGGACAGCAACAAGCGGAGCCAACGGAAAAGCCGUCCCUCCCGCACCCGCCUCGUCUUUGUCCCCGCGCACUCCGAACCGCAUGAACUCGACGAUUCGGACAGUACCCAGUUUCGACGACAGGCAGGGGUAUGCAGAGGAAGAUUCCGGUACUGACGGAGCGCAAUCACACUCAACAUCAAGGGAUUCGGGGUUCUCGAGCUCGCUCAACAGCACCGCCAGCAUGGCAUCAACAAACUCUCCCCGCCGGGUACAAGCGGCAACAUCAACAGGGAUACCAAGGAUGCCGUCAUAUAACAAAUUAAAGUUCAGCGCCUCGGAGACAGCGCACGAUAACGGGGACAACCACUCCGGACCGAGUUUCGCCGACACCCCCCCGCGCGAUAGCAACCUCCAUGCAUCCGGCACAAACUCCUCACCCCAACCACCCAGUAACUCCACCGAACCCACCAACGACACCUCCCUCACGGCGACGGAAGCCAACCUCUCCAACGGCUGGGACAACUCGGUGGGCAAGGCCGGGCUGGGCAAGACGGGGCGGGUGAUCAACCGGCUGGUGUCCGACAACGAGGCGCUCAAGCGGGACAUACAGAUCGAGCGGCUGCGGGCGGAGGAGUCGCGGCAGACGGCACGGCUGCUCGAAGACAAGCUGGAGCGGGUCAUCUCGGACUACGAGUCGCGGCUGCUGGAGGCCAACGUGACCAAGACGCUGCUGGCGCGCAAGGAGCGGCAGGUGGAGUCGCUGCAGGACGCCGUCGAGCUGGAGCGCCGCCGCGCCGUCGACGCCGCCGCCCGCGAGCGCGUCUGGAAGGACGAGAUGGACGCCGCCCGCGCCGACGCCAAGCGCCAGGUCGAGGACGCCACCAACUACGCCGCCCUGUGCGAGGGCCGCUACAACGCCAUCAGCAGCCACUGGAAGGACCAGGGCGAGGAGGUGAAGCGGUCCGUCACCAAGGUGAAGAAGGAGGUUGAUGGCUUGGUGGUCGAGAGGAAGAAGGACGACGGCAAGAUCGAGACGCUGCGCGAGCUGUGCGAUCAGCAGGACGGGAAUAUCCGCGAGCUCAGGAGGCAGAAGGAGGACAUCCAGGCGCAGUUUGAGAGGUACAAGCUGCAGCAGGAGGAAGGGCUGAAGGAUAUCAAGCGCAAGGCCGACGGGAGGGAGCAGGAGCAGGAACGGACGCUGCAGGAGGCUCGGGACGUACUGGAUAAGCUGAGGUGGGCUCUGAGCGUGAAGGAGAAGAUUGAGUGGGCUCAAUGAAGGAUCCGGGGGGGUUCAUUAGGUGGCGGUUGGUCUCGCCAGCUUUCGGGGUUGUCUCCUAUUUCCCCUGGCGGUCUUUUCCGCGAUUCAUGACGUACAUAAUGAUGAUACCAGCCAUCAGGCCGGACUAAACGGGCGGACCCGAUAGACCAUUUCCUGUUUUUCU